AUGAAAAACUCGUCUUUGUUGUUACUAAGUCAGUCAUCUACGCUUUCGAGUGCAAAGGAAGCCUUUAAGCUUCAUGCACCACAAGUUCCAUCACAUCGUUUGAAGACAAGAAGCGAUUAUAGCCAGCACGACAGAACAAACGAACGUUAUCUGCUGCCGAAAAGUUCGUCGUGUUGGGAGACGUUCGACGAACGCGGCAUACGGGAGGUCGAGUGCCUGACUUCAGGCCUCAACGUCACUGAACUGCCAAGACGCUACAUGCCUGGACUCAACAGGCUGACGCUGAGGAACGUGAGCAUCAGGAGCCUGAGCGCCACAGCGCUGCGUCUGUACGCUGCCUCCCUCCGGUCCAUAGUCGUGGUGGUGGCGCCGCAACUGGAGAGCUUCUCAGCAGAGGAUCUCCGCUUCCUGAUCGCAUUACAAGUCCUGGAGAUCCAACACGCUCCUCGUCUCUGCGUGGUCCCCGUUUAUCAUCUCUUGACGUCCCUGCCCAGAUUGACUGUGCUACGCAUCGUGGAGACCGGGCUGCAGUUCUCUGCUGCGGUCGCCCCCACUGCCGUCACUCGCUCGUCCUCGAUCUUUCAUUCCAUAGACCUCGAGAGGAACUUCAAGAUGUCCCGCCUGGAGCAUCGCUUCCGUUCUGUGAUGGCCGAACAGCUGCUCCUAACAAACAACGGACUCAAAAGCAUCGACGAAAAUGAGUUCCUGGGCUCCGAAUUUGGUAAACUAAGCCUGAGGAACAACCGCCGCUUGACGCGCCUCCAUCCUUUGGCCUUCGCUGGACUUCGCAGUCUCCGGACGCUGGAUUUGUCUGGAACGGCCAUUACGUCCCUGCCGACCGUUGGUCUGGAGUCUCUGGAAUCACUGAUUCUGGUCGACACGUUCUCGCUCAGAACCUUCCCCUCAGUGUACUCCUUCAAAGGCAUUCACCGCGCAGAGCUCACCUACAGCUACCACUGCUGUGCCUUCCAGUUCCCUAAAAUACACGACCCUGAAGAACACAAGCGCCAGCAAGAAGAGAUGCGACGCCACUCUGAGAAGUAUUGCUCAGACGACGCGUCGUCGAAGUUAGCAGCGGUGAACGCUCGACCACCAACGCAGCGCCCUCUGGCUGCGGCAGGAGCCGAUGGUAUGGGUCCUUCCAGCGUCGGCGACUCAGAGUCUCAUGAAGAAUGGCACGGCUGGAGCGACAUGGUGGCACCGGUGCAUGUACGGCCUCAUCAUCGGGGUGUGGGUCUGAGGAAAGUGCGAACAGCCAAGACUGAAACAUGGAACAUCACUUCAGAAGCCGACGCCUCUGCUACGGCCGUUGACCACCCACACGCUGACGUGUUCCCGCAAUUCCUAAUGGAAGGUUUCCCUCAUAAGGAAGGCUUCGCUGAUAUAAUUGAGUCAGAUGGAGUCGUUGGCCCGUUUGCCAAGGACCACUUCUUGGAAGACAAUGGAUUUCAAUCUGUAAUGCCACAGGAGAAUUUCAGAGCGAAAUUCUUCGGGUAUGACUCUACGAGUUAUAACGUUCAUGCGGACAACUCCAGCGUCUUCCACACGGUUUCUUUUGUUGCGCGUAACCAGACAAGUGUGGUAUGCGGUCAGCUGCCUAAGAACUACCACGCAGUGAAGUGUCUACCGAAGCCUGACGCCUUCAACCCCUGCGAGGACGUCAUGCAUAACUUCAGCCUCAGGGUCGCCGUGUGGCUCGUCGUCAUCACUGCAGUCUUCGGAAAUCUGGCGGUGAUGGUGGUGCUUCUCAGCAACCGCUACAAGAUGACCGUGUCCAAGUUCCUAAUCUGCAACUUAGCCAUGGCCGACCUGUGCAUGGGCAUCUACCUUAUGAUGAUCGCGGCAGUUGACAUGCAUACCAGAGGCCGUUACUUCAAUCACGCACUUGACUGGCAGAGAGGUUGGGGCUGCAAAAUAGCUGGCUUCUUGACGGUGUUCGGGUCGGAGCUCUCUAUCGUGACGCUGGUCGUGAUCACUCUGGAGCGAUGGUAUGCCAUCACGUACGCUAUACACCUCAACAAACGUCUGCGCCUGCACCUUGCCGCAAAGAUAAUGGUUCUGGCCUGGGUGUAUGCCAUCUGCAUGGCUGCGCUACCGUUGCUUGGAGUUUCCAGCUACUCAAAAACUAGUAUCUGCUUGCCAAUGGAAAAGAAUAACUUCGCAUCCAUGACCUACCUGCUGACGUUGCUGGCUGCGAAUGGAGCAGCAUUUAUGCUGAUCUGUGUGUGCUAUGCUACCAUGUACUGGUCCAUCACUCGCAACAACAUCAACGCUUGUAAGAGCGAUACCACUGUUGCUAAAAGGAUGGCUCUAUUAGUCUUCACGGACUUCGCCUGCUGGGCUCCGAUUGCCUUUUUCGGCCUAACUGCAGUCCUGGGCUAUCCUUUGAUCAGCGUCACUCAUGCAAAGUUUCUUUUAGUGUUCUUUUAUCCGCUAAAUUCGUGUGCUAAUCCUUACCUGUACGCUAUUCUCACAAAGCAGUACCAUCGUGAUUUGUUGUCCUUGCUGUCUCGGUGCAGUCUCUGUCCUAGAAAGCUCGUGCGGUCCAAAACUCCGUCCACUACGAACCCAAUGGUACUGAACCCUGUCCAGCUCAAUAAGAACCGCCGAGUGUCUUCACCGACACAGAUCUCCGACUCGCUAGACAGUGGCAAGAAGUGCCCGCCUGGAAAAUUUUGUUCCUAUCGAGAUUCGAUUCGCGACCGCAAAGGCGAAGACAAGCCUCAACGCUUACAGACUGUCAUCGAGGCCAAGUCAUCGUCUCGCGAGUCUUCAAGUGGCGCAGAUUCUCCACACCCAGUUAAAAAUUGCCAUGCCAAGACUAAAUUCACCCCUGAACAGGAAGCCAUCUUGCAGAGAUACGUUGGGCAGCGAGCGCGGGUACGUCUUACUGAGACUCCUGAAAAGAUCGCGGCAGAUUCGACUGAUAAACUCAAAGACGGUUCCGACGAUUGUCUAGCGUUAAGAUGUCUGUCUGUGCCCUCGAACUCGAAUAUUUCUCGAGAUGAUUCAUGUUCUGAAAAUUCGGUUUGAGGGACUGGUGUUCAAUGUCUUCGGACGUCCACGAACAGUUGGCACUUGGCACAAAUUGGCAGUAAACCUAUAUAUAGUUUGUUAAUUUUAAGUUGAAUCGUUUUGAUUUUCAGAUUAUGGCUAAUUAUUAAAUCAUUAGUUCCAUCCAAUCGUAACUUCUACUUUAAUUUUACAACUAGUCAGAGAGCGCGUCACUAAGCACUUUCAUUUGUGGCUUCCGUUUAAUUUCUAGUUGUUAAAUGAAGUCGAUAACACGCCUGCAUCAAUAUCAGAUUUUAAUACAAAUAUAAACUAAUCGCUCACAAAGCAGUUUCUUUAACAAUUAUCAUCAAAUGUUCUGACAUUUUCU